AUGAUCGGUAUGACCGACUACCUGUACGCCGUGGACGACGCCAUCGCCGCGGCGGGCCACUCGGCCCGCGCCGCCGCCGCCGUGCACGCCGCCAUGCCGCGCCUGGAGGAGGAGGUGCGCUCCCUGCUCUCUUCCUCUCUGCGGCGCCUCUCGCUCUCCUCGGACGACAUCGACGAGGUGACGCCCAGCGCGUCGCCGCGCCACGGCACACUGUCCCCGGACGCCACGGCCUCGGUGCGCGUCGUCGCGGACCGCAUGCUCCGCGCCGGGUACGGCCCGGAGCUCGCACAGGUCUACGUCUCGGUCCGCCGCGACGCGCUCGCGGAGUCCGUGGAGCUCCUCGGCGUCGAGGCCGUCGCCAUCGAGGAGGUGAUCAGGAUGGAAUGGAGCGUGCUCGACCAGAAGAUGAGGCGGUGGAGCCACGCCGUCAGGACCGUGGUCAGGACCUUCCUCGCCGGCGAGCGCCUGCUCUGCGACGAGGUCUUCGAAUCGGACGAGGAGCUCGGCCACGAGUGCUUCGCUGACGUCGCCAGGGGCAGCGUCCUGCAGCUGCUGGGCUUCGCGGACGCCGUCACCGUGUCUGCGCGCGCCACCGAGAAGCUCUACCGCACCCUCGGCAUGUUCGAGGCGCUCACCGACGUGCAGCCGGAGCUCGAGGCCCUCUUCUCCGACGACGCCGCGCGCGAGUUCUUCUCGGGCGAGGUCUCGAGCACCGUCGAGCAGCUGGGCUCCACCUUGCGCCACACGAUCGAGGAGUUCGGCCACGCCAUCCACGGCGAGUCGUCGCGGAAGGCCGUCCACGGCGGCGAGAUCCACCCCAUGACCCGCUACGUCCUCAACUACUGCGGCCUCCUCGCCGACUACCGCGGCACCUUGGACGCGGUUCUCGGCGACGCCGGCCUCGACGACGACGCCGAAAAGAUGGACGACAAGUCCCGGCUGUACGACCACGCCGGGCUGCGGAACAUCUUCCUAAUGAACAACCUCCACUACGUGGUGCAGAAGGUGAGGGAGUCGCCGCCGCUCCGGGAGCUCCUUGGCGACGACUGGCUCCGCCGGCACCGCGGCCAGAUCCGGCAGUACGAGACCGGCUACCUCCGGGCGUCGUGGAUGGCCGUGCUGUCCACGCACUUGAGGAGGGACGACGGCGCGGCGGCGAGGCCGCCGGCCGGGCACAGGGCGCCGGUGGGCCCGUCGGCGAAGAGCUUCAACGCGGCGUUCCAGGAGCUGUACCGGUCCCAGACGGCGUGGAAGGUGACGGAUCCCCAGCUCCGGGAGGAGCUGCGCAUCGCCGUGUCGGAGCGGCUGAUCCCGGCGUACCGGGCGUUCCUCGGCCAGGGGAGCCGGUUCCCGGCGAGGCACGUCAAGUGCAGCCUCGAGGACCUCGAGGACUACAUGCUGGACUUCUUCGAAGGCGUGCCCAAGUUUGUCAAGUGGUGA